GUAUAUAAGCUCAACUAACACUCCAGUUGCUCAUUUUUCCAAAUCGUCGAAUCGCAAAGCUCUUACGCAUUCCCAGCACCGCAGCCGUGCCCCACCUCUGAAGAAAAGAAAAGGGAAAUUAUGGCGUACGCAGCGAUGAAGCCGACGAAACCUGGAUUGGAGGAGCCUCAGGAACAAAUUCACAAGAUCCGUAUCACUCUCUCCUCCAAAAAUGUUAAGAAUUUAGAGAAAGUGUGUGCUGAUUUGGUACAUGGUGCCAAGGACAAGAGGCUUAGAGUCAAGGGACCAGUGAGAAUGCCCACCAAGGUUCUUCACAUCACUACUAGGAAAUCUCCUUGUGGUGAAGGUACAAACACAUGGGAUAGAUUUGAACUCCGAGUUCAUAAGCGAGUGAUUGACCUGUUCAGCUCACCUGAUGUGGUUAAGCAGAUUACUUCAAUUACUAUUGAACCCGGGGUCGAGGUUGAGGUUACUAUUGCUGAUUCUUAGAGUUGCCUUGCUUUUAUUUACAUUUCUAUCUUUUGUUGGCAUUUUGUUAUGCUGCCCUAGUGGAAGCUUAGAAGUUUCUUUUCUACGUUCGAUGUCUCCAACUAAUGGGCUCAAGUCUUGUAGCAAAAUUGUCAUCAGAGUUUUGCCAUUUAUAUGCUUUUGAGUUGAAAUGACUUAUUUGAGAAAUGGAAGCUUUGUUAUUUUUUCAUUUACC